AUGACGUCGUACAACGUGGUGCUGCGAGGGACGGAGCAGCUGCCGCCGUCGGCGCGGCGGGACCUGAGCAAGACAAACUUGGCCAUUGCACGAGUGCUUGCGCGGAGCGAGCGAGAGGCCGUGGUGGUCCACCUGUUUUCACACGGCGUGCAAUGCGUGCGGCCAACAACAACAACAACAACAACAGUAACAACAGCAACAGCAACAACAACAACAAAGGACAGCACGGAAGGCGGUGGUGUGGGCGGUGACCAGGGAACAAAGGGGCGCAAGGGCAAGAAGGGCAGCGCGAGCGCGAGCAGCACGCGGGACCGGCGGACGAGCGCGGAAAGCGGCGACGGUCACGGCGACGGUGACGACAGCGACAGCAGAAGCAACCGCAGCUCGACAGAGAAGGAGGAGGGUGGCCGUUGGCUCACGCCAUGGCGAAGAAAGAAGGAGAAGAAGCGCAAGAGCAGCGGUGGUGGCAGUGAGGUUGUGGGCUCAGGGUUUGCCACGACGCUCAGUGGGGGGUUCCCGUCUGUCUUUGCCGAUGUCAACAUCUUCAACAUUCUUUUGGCCGGCGCCAACGGUCGCUGUUUUGUGUUCCUUGCACGGGACUCACAACCUGGCGAGCGGGAGGAAGGCGAUCACACCGUCUACGUGUUUGAGUGCACCGAGCCGCUGAUUGCAACAGAGAUGGCAGACAAGCUGAACAAGGAGUCCCGGCUCUUCAUGCGGAAACUGAAAGAUGUCCGAAGCGACGCCGCUGCGCGCGACCUCCACGAUGCGAGUGCUGAGGCGUACCGAUCAGAGAAGCUCGCCUUUGAGCAGGAAUCAUCAUACCUCAGCAAGGAUCUCGACAGUUUGGUGCUCGACGAAUACGAGAAGUCUGCUUAUUUUUCGUCCUCAAGCUAA